GAAAUGUUUUUUCAUGGUUGGAACAAUUAUAUGCAACAUGCUUUUCCAGAAGAUGAACUCAAACCACUAUCUUGCAAAGGUUUAGGGAGCAAUAAAUACUCAUAUGAUAGUUCCAAUGAUGUUUUGGGUGAUUACUCAUUGACCUUGGUAGAUGUUUUGGAUACUCUUGCUAUUAUUGGAACUCAAGAACAAUUUGAGCAAGCUGUAUAUCAAGUUUUAAAUGAAGUAUCUUUUGAUAAAAACAACAAAGUACAAGUUUUUGAAUUAAAUAUAAGGGCUUUAGGUGGAUUGUUAUCAGCUCAUAUAUUAGCUUCAGAUCCUUCUUUUGGACAUCAAAUUGAACAUUACGAUGGUGGGUUACUACGACUUGCAGAAGAUUUGGCUCAACGAUUUCUACCUGCCUUCAAACAUUCAAAAUCGGGCAUUCCCUUCCCAAGGGUCAAUCUUCGUCAUGGUGUUCCGAAAACAGAAACAGUUGAAACGUGUACUGCUGGUGCGGGUAGUCUGAUAUUGGAAUUUGGUGUUCUUAGUCGUUUGACAGGUGAUCCUCAAUAUGAAGAAGUGGCCAAAAAAGCAUUACAAGCAAUUUGGGAACGAAGAUCAGAACUUGAUUUAGUUGGCAACGUCAUCAAUAUUCAAACUGGACAAUGGAUACAUACAGCAUCUUCAACAGGAGCAGGCAUCGAUUCUUUUUUUGAAUAUCUAUUGAAAGCUUAUAUCUUAUUUGGUGAAGAAGAUUAUUUGGAUAUGUUUGAAACCUCCUAUGAGGCCAUUAUGCAACACAUCGUGGACAGAUCUGGUUACUUGUAUCGCAAUGUGCAUAUGGAUUCAGGGAUGUUAAUGGCUACUUGGAUCGAUAGUCUUAGUGCAUUUAUGCCAGGGGUACAAGUAUUAUAUGGAGAUUUGGAAUCAGCCAUUAAGGGUCACUUGGUAUUUUAUAAUAUUUGGCAACAAUACCAUGCACUCCCUGAACGAUUCGACUUUUUCCAGCAGAAAGCAGAUAUACACAGUUAUCCAUUACGACCUGAAUUUGUAGAAUCGACUUAUUAUUUAUACCAAGCAACUAAAGAUCCAUUCUAUCUCCAGGUGGGUGAAAUGAUCAUGGAAGAUUUGAACAACCGAACUCGAUUACCUUGUGGAUUUGCAAGCAUUAGCGAUCUUCGUACUGGACAACUAGAUGACCGGAUGGAAAGUUUCAUGUUAUCCGAGACUUUGAAAUACCUUUAUCUUUUAUUUGAUGUUGACAACUCUAUCAACCGUAUGGAUUCUAAUUUUGUUUUUACAACUGAGGGUCAUUUUCUUCCAUUGGCAGGCCAAUAUUUGAAACAUUCUAUAAUUUAUCGAUCGUCAUCAUCAUCAACAACAACGCCACUCAAACUUAGCAACCAUUGUCGAAAAUAUAAACCAUCCGCAUUUUCAACAUCAACAGCAGGAAAAUCUACACAUCAACAACGAAAUGGAUCAGUCAUCGAGAGAUCAUCAACUUUUGAUAUGACAUCUAUACCAUAUUUACCCCUUUCCGAUUAUGCUGCCAAACUAACUGGAAAUCGACUGAAUACCACAACGAUUUCAUCAUCACCUCGUUUAUUAUACCGUGAAGGUUAUUGUACUUCGCCUUUAUCCAAUUCAAGAUCGUUUGAACUAUCUUUUGGUCAAGAUCACCGACUAGCCUAUCGUCAAGCAUCUCCCAAGUUGAUUGAUAUCAUGGGUGGUCUGAUAUCCAAGUCUCUUUCUGGUUUGAAGAUUGAACUUACAAAGCUUCCCCGGAGUCUAGAAGGUGGAUACAUCAUUACUGGAGGUUAGUAAAAAAAAAAAAAAAAAACCCUUCUACCUUUAGAAAACUAUAUAGAAAUACAAUUUGUUACAUCCCCCCCCCCAAUUCCUCCAUAUCUAGAAUAGAUUUCCCUUUCAGUUGUAUUCUUUUUUGAUUCAAAUCCUUUUUUUUUUUUAUAAACUGUAUAAUUUACUAAUAUCGUUUUCACUUUUUC